UCUUGUGCUACUGUUUCAAUGGCCACAACUAACGCUGACAAAAUACUCAAUACCAUGGAUCUUUUGCUCAAUGCAUUUGCUACUUGAUUUUGAUGUGAUCACAGAUAUAAGUUCAUGCAAUAAUGAAAACCCUUGUAUUCAAACUUUCUUUAGUACUCAGGAACCUCAAAGCCUCAUGAUCAAAAUACAAUAUAAACUCCUGUUAAAUCAAAUAGUGCUUCCAUUGCCUAAAUGUUUGCAUUCACAUAGAACUUCAAAUCAUCAUAUGAGCCUUAUCCCAAAUAUUUGGAUCGACUACAUGAAUCCUGGUCUACAAUUCUGCUCCACUAAGUGCCAUGCUCUCAGUCAGAUCAUAACUCAUAGAACUCCAAAUCACAUGUCGAAUUUCAUGACUUAGAAUCUUCUUAUUGAAGAAGCACCUGACUUAUUCUCUUGGCUACGGGACCUAUUCCCUUGGCUCAAAACAACCCCUAUCCCAACACGGGACACAUUACAAUCCACCUAAAAACCUUAUCGACAUUCGGUAAAAUCAAGACUGGUGUCUUUGUAAUUUUUUCUUUAAUGAAAUGAGAGCUAUCAUUACCGUCAUCUUUCCAAACAAAGUUGCCUUUAUGCAUAUAAGCUGUAAUUGGAGCUACCACACUGCCGAAAUUUUUAUUGAACCACCGAUUAAACGUAGCUAGCCCAUGAAAACUAUGCACAUCCCAAUUCAAGUUGGAGCUGGCUACUCAAUGAUCACUUUAACUUUAAUCGGGUCCACUCUAAUCCCCUCAGCCAAUACUACAUACCCCAGAAAGGUAAGUUUAUCUAUCAUGAAUGAGGACUUCGUAAGAUUGAUAAAUAACUUUUCAGCCCGUAUUGUUUCAAGAGUCUGCCUCAAAUGAAAUUCAAUGUUCCUCAACUGUACUAAUGCAAAUCAAAAUAUCAUAAAAAUAUGUUGCAACAAAUUUCCCUACGAAUAGUUUGAGGACCUGAUUCAUAACUCGCAUAAAAGUGUUGGGUGUGUUAGACAAGCCAAAAGGCAACCCUAGCCAUUCAUAUAACCCCUCUUGAAUCUUAAACAUUGCUCUCCAUUCAUCUCCUGGUCUAAUUCUGAUAUGAUGAUACCUACUUCGUAUGCCGAUCUUGGAAAACAUCUUAGAUCCCGACAACACAUCCAACAUAUCAUCUAAGUAGGAAUAGGGAAUCUAUAGUUCUAUUGUUGAUAUUGAUCUUGUUUAUGGCCCUAUUGUCCACCCACAUUCACUUGGUGCCAUCUUUCUUGAGAGUCAACGUUGUUGGGACAGCACCAGAACUUAAGCUCUCAUGAAUCAACCGCUUACCAAUAGGUUCGAAACUUGUCUAUAGGUCAUGCUCACGGGGACUCAUGCGGUAGAGCGAUAUAUUUGGUAUACUUGCACCUAGAACAAGUCUGUGCAGUGCUGCUUAUUUCUUAUAGAGGUAACCCACUUGGUAGUUCUUCGGGCAUCAAAUCCUAGAAUUCAUCCAAAAGUGGCUGAACUACCUCAUUAUCCACCUCAACACCACCAUGAUCCUUCAUCACUAAGGCAAACAUAACUCCCCUUUCACUACUUUCUACCAAAAAAAUGAUGGAUGGGCAUAAGUAGUUCUUUCUUUUCCACCUAGCCCUCCUUGUCUUCAUCAUUUUAAGGGUGUAAUUUUACAUUCAUACCAUCCUUGGUAAACAAAUAUGUAUUGUUCUGGCCAUUUUGAAUCACAUCAUCUAUUGGUAAUACCUCACACCAUAUGGAGUCAUUAUUACCACUUACCCAUAGAAAAAGAAACUAAGAGACAAGAACCAACAUGAACUUGGUUACCUUGUUUGAACCACUGCAUCUUGUAGGGCUGGUGAUGUUUUUCUUUGUUUAACUUUAAUUUGUUUAUCAUCUCUUGGGAAACCAUGUUCUUGCAGCUCCCGCUCUCAACAAUGACCAUGUAUUUUGUGCGAAAGAUGUUAGUGCUUAGCCAUGGCUCAUCAACAACCUUUGGUGCAGCUAACAGAGGUCAAAUCACUAAGAGCUUUCCCUAUCAGGGUGUAUCCCCUUCACCUUCCUUGAUGUCAGUCUCACUCCCUUCAUUAAUGUGCAGAUUUUCCUCUUCAUUACCCUCCAUGGAUUCCCCUUGUAAAUGUACCCCAGCAUGGCUCUUUGGGAAAUCAUAAGUUCUAUGUCCUGGCUAGCUACAUUUGAAACAUAUUGCUGGUUUACUGCUGUUCUGGGAUUGUUGUGCUGUGCUGGUUUAGCGCUCAAACCAAUCUAUUUCUUCACCAUUGGGAUAAUUUUGCCCCAUAUGCCUCCUCUGACUUGGUAGUGGGCCUAGUGGCUGGUCACACAAGUCUGCACAGUUUGGUCACGGCUUUCAAAGCGAGAUGAUACGUUUGAUCCAAGGUAAAAUCUGGUGCAUAGAUAACUCAUCUUGUAUCGCAACAUGCAACCCUCCCACUAGUAUAUCACACAAUCAACUGGGCAUCAGACUCUCGAAUAUCAUUCCGACUCAAGAAUUGAUAGAAGGAUUUUGUAUAAUCCUGUAUCAACCCAUCAUUCUGUCGUAAAUGAUGGAAUCGCUGGUAGGGAUCAUAAUCUGUGGGCAGAAACUUUCCUUUCAAAUACUUCUUCAUCUUCUCCCAACUGUGAACUUGCUUUUCUUUUCUUGUGCGAUCAACUUGUAUUUGCUGACACCACAAUAAAGCACGUCCUUUUAAUCUUGUACCAAUUAAUCGUACCUCUUUAUGAUCUGCCUUAUCCUUCCAUUGAAAAAAUUAUUCGACACUUACAAGUCAGAAAGUUAUUUGGCUAUAAUCUUCCUGUAAAACCAGAAACAUCGACCCUAAUACUUCGUUUAGAGCCUUUAUGCGCCUGAACUAACUGAUCUUCAAAUGUUUUCAAAUGGUGUAGGUUUCCUUGCCUGUGACCAGUGGGAUCCCAGGCUAUUUGAGUUUGAAUCAUCAUCUGAAUUCAGCUUUGGUCUUCGUCCUAAACCCUGGGGACGCAUUUAAUCAUCCUUCAUCCAUGUUCAUCCCUUCGCUAGCUCAAUUCUAGGGUGACAUCUCUGAUCUGGUGCACCUCGACAGGCAAUGUGUCAAAUCUCUGAAGAACAAUUCCAAAUCUGCCAUUGUGGGCCUAAUUCCGCAUCUCAACUGAGGCCUCCUUCACAACCCUUGUGUAGCCAUUCUUGUGUUUCUGCAAAAAUUAAAUUCUGCAGUGCAUGGAGAAAUCGAUAUGCUCUGACAACAAUUGAUGCAACAAAAAGUGCAGAUAAACAAGGUUUAUGCAUUUGUGAUUGGUAAAACUCUUCGAGCUUGGGAUAAAAUUGGCUGUCCGGUUUCUGUUAUCGAUAAUGAGACUCUUCACUCAAUCGACUGGUCAAAUUUUGUUGGGGUGCUAUUGACCUCUCUUGAAGACAAAAUAGUAGUUUCAAGCCUCAUGCAAGAGCCGUUUCUUUCCGUACCGCUUAUUUGGAUUGUGCAAGAAGACACUCUUGGACAGUGUCUUCCGUUGUAUGAAAAGAAUAGAUGGGCUGGUCUUGUUAGCGAGUGGAUAAGUGCUUUUAGCAGGGCCAAUGUUGUGGUCUUUCCAGAUUUCACACUUCCAAUGAUGUAUAGCAAACUCGAUACUGGAAACUUUUAUGUUAUUCCUGGAUUGCCAGUAGAAGCAUGGGAUUCAGAAGCCCGCGAUCUGGGAGAUGUAAAUCAGCUUCGAGAAGACAAUAGACUUAAAAAAGAUGAUCUGAUUGUUUUUGUCACUGGGAACCCUUUUGCCAACAAUGGUUCAUCUUUGGAAUAUGAGGGGGCUAUUCAUUCAAUAGUAUCUUUUCUAGUGGACAAGUAUAUAUCAUUCAAAUUCUUUUUCUUUCGUGGAAAUGCUAGUGAUGGUGGUCUGGAAGCUAUGAAGAAUAUAACUUCAUGGUUGGGUCUCCCAGCGGAUUCUAUGAGGUUCUAUGGUGAGAAUGACAAUGUUGAUAAUGUCCUAUCUAUGGCUGACAUUGUUCUUUACGGGUCCUCUCAAGAAGAAGAAGUGCUGCCUCCAUUAUUCCUUCGGGCAAUGGGCUUUGGAAAACUAGUCAUGGCCCCUGAUCUACCUUUCUUGAGAAGAUAUAUCCAGAAUGAUGUUAAUGGCUUGAUCUAUCCCACGAAUGAUGCUGGGAGUUUGACUGCAAUUUUCUCAAAACUUUUUACGCGUGGAAAGCUGAACAGGCGUGCUUAUUUACUUGGUUCUACUGCAAGGUUACGUGUAAGAUACAUGAUCGUUUUGGAUUUUAUCACUAGUUAUGUGAAACUUCUAGAGAAUGUUGUCCAGUUUCCUUCAGAUGCAAGGCUGCCAAAACCUGUUUUAAGACUCCGUGCUCCUGAUGUGGAAUGGGCAUGGAAACUUAUAGGCGAUGAAAUGAAUGCCGGAGACUAUCAGAUAUUAGGGGAGGGUGUUAGAAAGCUAAACAUUUUGCAUAGAAAUUCAAGUUGGAUAUUUGCUAUAGAAGAAAGAUGGAAGAGUAGCAUGAGGGCAUUUGACAAUGAGGCUAAGAAUUUCACAAAGGACAUCCCUACCCAGCAGGACUGGGAUGAUGCAAGAAAUAUGGAAAUAUCCGAAGAAUAUGAAAGACGAGAAAUGGAGGAGCUAAAUGGGAGGAUGGAGAGCGGCGUGGAAUCAUGGGAUGAUGUACACAGAAAUGCUAGGAAAUGUGAAAAGGCGAAUUUUGAAUCAAAUGAAAGAGAUGAAGGGCAGCUUGAGAGGACAGGCCUUCCAUUGUGUAUCUACGAGAUUUAUGAUGGGGCAGGUGCCUGGCCUUUUCUGCACCGUGGUUCACUCUAUCGUGGCCUGAGUCUUUCUGCAGGGUCACGAAGAACUAACUCGGAUGAUCUGGAUGCGGUUGAACGCCUUCCUCUUGUGAAUAACAGUUACUAUAGGGGUGUUUUUUGUGAAUUUGGUGGCUUGUUUUCUAUUGCUAAUGUGAUAGAUAACAUCCACAAGCAUCCAUGGAUUGGGUUUCAGUCAUGGCGUGUCAGUGGAAGGAAGCAGGUGUCUCUAUCCACUAAGGCUGAGCGAAUAUUGGAGGAAACUAUUCAGGGAAAAACUGAAGGAGAUGCUAUCUACUUUUGGGCAAGCAUGGCCAACACUUAUCUUUUGGAAGUGAAGCAUAAAAAUCCUGAUUUUUGGUCCAUCUGUGACCUCUUAAGUGCUGGGCAUUGCAGGACUGCUUUUGCAGAGGCCUUCAGGUUGAUGUAUGCUUUGCCAUCGAACAUGGCAACCCUCCCCCCAAUGCCAAGGGACGGUGAUCAGUGGUCUACCCUUCACAGUUGGGCCAUGCCAACACGUUCCUUUCUCGAAUUUGUGAUGUUCUCACGGAUGUUCACUAGUUCCCUGCUGGAUAGCCAGAGACUUAAUCCUGAGAACUACAGUAGAUGCUUGUUGGGAUCUUCAAAGAUAGAGAAAAGGCAAUGUUACUGCCGUAUUUUGGAAGUUCUGGUGAAUGUGUGGGCAUACCACAGUGCGAGAAAGAUGGUUUACAUAGACCCCAUCUCAGGUUUGCUUGAGGAGCAGCAUCCGAUACAGAAGCGAAUUGGAUCAAUGUGGGUCACUCACUUCAACUCCACGCUGUUGAAGGAGAUGGACGAGGACUGGGCAGAGGAGGCUGGCGAUGAUGACCAUCCCCUGAGCAGUAGUCGUGGUAGCAUGUGGCUGUGGCCCCUUACUGGGGAAGUGUAUUGUAACCUAAUAUUUGACAAAGAACAUGCUGAGAAAGAGAGAGCCAGAAUGGAAAAGUCCAGUAGGGACAAGGAGAAGCUCUUGAAGAGGCAGAAGCAUGGUUAUAAGCAAAGGCCACUAGGAGGCUGAGACAGAUGGCUCAGGAAGAAUGGGCAUUGCAAGAAGCCUUGCCUUCUUUCGCUUCCCUUUUCAAUCUCUUUUUGGGUUCUAUUGGUAAUCAAUCAUCUGCUAACCAUUCAUUGAAGCUAAUGCAAUAAACCAACCUCACUGCAACUAUGGGGGUUCAUCUGUCAUGACCUGAGCUGCUUGAAAAUGAGAACCAAGAGAUUUUUUUUUUCCCCUUCUGAAAUAUGCCAAGGGAUUGAUAUUCUUUUCCUUACUGAGGUUGGUUAACCUUGCUAACUACGUGAUUAACCUUGUAAAUACCAGAAAGAUGCCAUGUAAUACAAUCCCGGUUCAUCUCUGUCCCAUAAAGGUUGUCAUACUCGAUGGGUGGAAUCACCCAAAGCGAGUGCAGUUCUAUGAAUCAGGCAUGUCAAUUGAUUCAUCGGUCUUUUGUUGUGUUUCUGUUAAAUAGGAAGGAUUGGAAGUGGUGCUGAAUUCAUAUUUUCUGCUGUUUUGAUAAUAGUUUGAGAAAUGAUUGUACGUA